AUGGGUGUGAUUGUUGAGGUGCUGAAGGUGGCAUCUUCCUUGCGAGCUUUCUACCAGCAGAAGUUAGAAGGCACUUGGAGAUGUCACUAUGAACAAGACCGGAAUGCGCUUAAGAGAAAAGAAUGGGAACGGAGGAAUCAAGAAGUCCAGCAGGACGACGAUCUUUUUGCAUCUGGCUUUAAUCUCUUUGGAGAACCCUACAAGACUAACAAAGGUGAUGCCCUGGCCAACCGUGUCCAAAAUACAUUGGGGAAUUAUGAUGAGAUGAAGGAUUUGCUGACCAACCAUUCUAACCAGAGUCACCUUGUAGGCAUCCCAAAGAACUCAGUGCCACAGACCCCAGUAGAUAAAACUGAGCAGAGCUUUUUCCCAGAACAAAGAAACCGGAUGAUCCCACCCCACCAGGUCACGGGGCACUCCUCAGCAUCCAUGCCUCCCCCUACUUCCAUAUCAACCAGUUCCAGUUUGCUGCACAGUCAUCAAAGCAGCAGGAAAUCCAGGACUGAUUGGUCCCGUGGCAAUCAUGGCUCCAGCAGUGGCCAGCCAAGUCAAACUGGUAGUCAGCAAAGUCGGACAAAACACAGCUCUUCUCAUGAGCCGCCGCAAGGCAGGUACGAGGACCUUUUUGCCUGUCAGGGUGAUGCGCAUAAAACCGGAGGAGGCGAGGAAGCCAACACGCCGCCGUCGUCCUCACACUCGAGAAGACACAACCAUUCAAAGGCAACCGUUGCAGAGCACUCGUAUAAAGAAAGCAACCAUUCGAAGUCUCCAGUGGAUCUUGAGUUUCUGGGCCAUGGACCGGGAUCUCCACUCCCUUCCACAUCUUUAUUGUCAGCAAACAACAGUCUUUCAGCACCAAACUUUCCUCCAGGACUUCACUGUAAGAGUAGCAUGACCCAGCAAAAGCCCACUGCGUAUGUUCGGCCAAUGGAUGGCCAGGACCAGGUUCCAAAUGACUCACCUGAACUGAAGCCACCAGCAGAAAUUGAAGGUGUAUAUGGAAACCAAACCUUUGGAAAUCUGCUGGAAGGAAAGACUGCCGGAGCAGGAGUGAAGAACAAAUUACCAAAGCUUACCAUUCCUCCAGCGAAUGAAGUUAGCCUUCCCAAUGAUUCCAGCUGUGUGGAGGAAAUAUUACGGGAGAUGACCCAUUCCUGGCCUCCACCUCUCACUGCUAUUCAUACACCUGGGAAGGCUGAACAGAAUAAGUUUUCCAUUCCAAGCAAAGAUUCUCAGCAUCUGACCUCAGGAUACAAUGUGCAAAAAUGGAAUGAGCCCACCGGCAAAGUUGCAACCAAAUCAGUGCCACAGAAAUCAAUGCUUGAAGAUGAUCUGAAACUCAGCAGUGAUGAAGAAGAUAAUGAACAGAGUGCAGAGAAGAUAAAGCCUCGAAACAUUCCUGUAAAUGGGGGCUCUGGGAGUUCCAGUGAAUCUGAGAGCAGUUCCGAGUCUGAUUCAGACAGCGAGACCAGCUCCAGUGACAGUGAAUGCAACGAAGAGUCACGCAGCGGAACACCAGAGCCUGAACCCCCCUCAGCCAAUAAAUGGCAGUUGGAUAAAUGGUUAAAUAAAGUCAAUCCUCACAACAAGACGAUUAUAAUCAACCAGCAUGAGAAUCACAGUGACAGUGGCACGCAGCCCCAGAACAACUCCCAGAUUGAAGGACAAAACAAAGGGAAGCUUAAUAGCGGCUUGCCUCCAACCGAUUCCAAAGACCGGGCACUCCGUAGCCCCAUCCGAGAGAAAGCCAAACCUCGCCUUGCCCAGAAAGCUCCAGCAGAAGCAAAAAGUUCUAAGCAGAAAUCACCAGCUCACAACGAAUCCAACCCCCAAAGGACUACUGGGAAAAAGCAACCCAAAAAGGUUGAAAGGACUUCCAGUGCAGAAGACUACAAUUGGCCCAAACCAAAUAUUACCAGCAGCACACCCAAAGAGAAGGAAACGCAAGACAUCCAAGAGCAGCCCAAAGUUCGCACAAAGGUAACUGCUGGGAAGACAGCUCCACGGAAAGAGCCAAGAAUGACCACGGGCCCUGCUCUUGAGAAGAAAAAGUACCGAGGACCGGGCAAAACUGUCCCGAAGUCUCGGGAAUUUGUGGAAACAGAUUCAUCCACAUCGGAUUCAAACACUGACCAGGAAGAGAGCCGGCAGGCCAAGACAUUGCAAGGUUGCCCCGGCCCUGAGAAUGGCAUGAAAACCAAGGAGUCCAGUAGCAACCUCCUCAGCGUCAGCAGCUUGACCAGCAAUGCCUCCAUGGACCAAAACAGCAACGACUUGGAGGAGCCGCUCUUCUCGCCAAUCCCAAUUGUACAGAAUGAACCCCUUUCCCCGCUGAAAGAGUUUGAGGAGCUCAAAUACCUUUGGGUGAAAAUAGACCUGACCCUGCUUUCACGGGUCCCCAGGCAAGACACCUUUGAAAACAUGCCUGGCAAAGUGGAACCCCGAGAGGCCAGCACCAAGCACAGACGGCAGUCCCGAGAGUCCCCAACCCCAGCUGCAGAAAAAGCCUCCACUAAAUCCAAACGGAAGCACAAGCAGUCUGAAAGUGCGGACACAUUUGGUGAAAACAAGAAGCAGCGCUUGGAGGAACCUUCAGCAUCGUGUUUGCUUCCACCCUGUAUUUCUCCAAUACCCAACCACAGAAUAACUGGUGCUAAAGACAACAACUCCAUCAAAAAGGUGACCAAGAAACGAGAAGAUAAGCUGUUUCCCCCGCCACUCUCCCCUCUCCUGGACGAGUCUGCACCUCGGCGGCACAAUGGGAAUGAGAACAGCUCCUUCAGCCAAGAGAACACCUUGCCCACCCCACCCCAGGCCAACGCCUGCUCCAAGCACCGGAAAAACGAGAGCAAAUCCUUCCCCAAUGUCAAAGGAGUCUGCGAGGAAGACUCCCACAGCAGGCCCCCAAACUCUCUGCUGGACAGGACCCACCUCGAUACUGACAUCUGGUCCAGCGCUCCUGCCUUCGCUGAUGGGACCCCUGAGCCAAGAAGACCCAAAAUAGCAUUUGAUGACAUGCUUCACAAUGCAGAUUACUACAUGCAAGAGGCCAAAAAGCUAAAGCACAAAGCAGAUGCCCUGCUGGAAAAGUUUGGUAAAGCUGUGAAUUACGCUGACGCAGCCCUUUCCUUCAUUGAGUGCGGGAACGCUAUGGAGCGCGAUCCAUUAGAAGCAAAAUCUCCAUACACCAUGUACUCAGAGACUGUGGAACUCAUCAGGUAUGCAAUGAGACUGAAGAACUUCACUGGCUCCUCUGCCACGGAAGGAGACAAGAAGCUGGCAGUUUUAUGCUACCGAUGCUUAUCCCUUCUCUACCUGAGAAUGUUUAAACUAAAGAAGGACCAUGCUAUGAAGUACUCGAGGUCUCUGAUGGAAUACUUUAAGAAUUCAUCCAAAGUUUCACAGGCCCCUUCUCCUUGGGGAGGCAAUGGAAAGAGCACAGAAACUCCAUCCCCCAUGUCCCUGAGCCCUUCACCCAUCAGCUCUCUUGGGAACACGACAGGCACAGCUGGGUCGUCUUCGGCGGGGACCAUAACCAUUCCCCAGCGCAUCCACCACAUGGCUGCCAGCCACGUCAACAUCACGAACAACGUACUGCGAAGCUACGAGCACUGGGACAUGGCUGACAAGCUGGUGAAAGAGAACAAAGAGUUCUUCAUAGACCUGGACUUGGUGAUGGGUCCAUUGACGCAACACAGCAGUAUGGCCAAUCUGGUCCGUUACGUUCGGCAAGGACUCCAUUGGCUUCGCGUUGAAGCACACUUGUUGUAGUGAGUGCCACCUUGUUUAUCACAACUCCGUCCUCUUACCUCCGCCGGCGCACAGGUGAUCACUGAUGGAAAGCCACUCCUUUCCAGGACUAUAUCCACAGAGUUUAA